AUGAGUUCGAAAUCAGUAAAAACUGCUCCAAGUCAAUCAACGGUUUAUCUAUCGAAUUUCUCAUUUAAUUUAACUAACAAUGAUCUACAUAAAUUAUUUGAUGAAUAUGGAAAAGUUGUUAAAGUAACCAUUGUUAAAGAUCCUGAAACACGACGAAGUAAAGGUGUAGCUUUUAUUCAAUUAUUCUCCAAAGAUGAUGCUAUUCGUGCAAUAGAAGUUUUUAAUGGAAAAGAGUUACAUGGGCGCAUAGUGAAAUGUAGUCUAGCAAUUGAUAAUGGUCGUACAAGAGAAUUUAUUCGAAAACGUGAAUAUCCAGAUAAAACGAAAUGUUUUGAAUGUGGCGAAACGGGUCACUUAAGUUAUGUAUGCCCAAAAAAUACGCUAGGUAAUCGAAUAGUUCCUAUUAAGAAACGAAAGAAAAUUAAAAACAAAAUUCAAGUCGAUGCACCGAAUGAUUCAGAUUCAAAUGAAAGCGAAGAUACACCUGCAGCAAUCCUGAUGGCUCAGGAUCCUCAAUCAAAAGCUUCAACAGAUGUUUCACACGUGAAAAAAAAACGUUAUUGCCAAUCGUCAUAUUUCAGUGAUGAAGAAGAAAUAAUUGAAUAA